AUAAUAAUCUACGUCUGAUAAGUGAUAGACGAGAGCCCAAGAUCCGAGACGGCCAGCCUUGUUUGAUGUUUCUGUACCAUUACCAUCCAUUGUAUCGUACCUGAAAUCUCAUACGUAUUAAUCUGCCUACUAUUUCUACUAAGCAAUUGGAAAUAUAUCUAUUUAUUGCGUGUACAUUUCCAAAAUGACGUCGGGACCUUAUAAUUACUCAUAUAUUUUCAAAUAUAUAAUCAUUGGUGAUAUGGGAGUGGGCAAGUCAUGCCUUCUUCAUCAGUUCACAGAGAAAAAAUUUAUGGCUGACUGCCCUCACACCAUUGGAGUAGAAUUUGGAACUCGGAUAAUUGAAGUUGCUGGUCAAAAAAUAAAACUUCAAAUUUGGGACACAGCAGGACAAGAACGAUUCAGGGCUGUGACACGUUCAUAUUAUAGAGGUGCUGCUGGUGCCCUUAUGGUCUAUGAUAUUACAAGGAGGUCAACAUACAACCAUCUAAGUAGUUGGCUCACAGAUACUAGAAAUCUGACAAAUCCCAGCACUGUAAUAUUUCUUAUUGGAAAUAAAUCAGACUUAGAUGGUCAACGAGAUGUUACAUAUGAAGAAGCAAAACAGUUUGCUGAUGAGAAUGGACUAAUGUUUGUUGAAGCUAGUGCUAAAACGGGUCAAAACGUGGAGGAAGCAUUCCUAGAGACUGCUAAGAAAAUUUAUCAAAGUAUUCAAGAUGGACGACUGGACCUCAACGCGGCGGAGUCGGGCGUGCAGCACAAGCCCGCGGCGCCGGGCCGCCCGCUGGCCGCGCCGCCCGCCGCGCGCGACCCCUGCGCGUGCUAGCCGUGCACCCCCUACACCCACACGCCGACGCUCCACAAUUCUCCACGCUUCACUGUUCUGCAUUCACUUUUUUACCUAGCUUGUCCAUGGUUUUUAUCAGUUGCUUAUUUGACCAUUAAAGUCUACUUUGAGUGAUAAUGUGUAGGAAUCCGAGCCAUUGCACAGAUUACAGUGAAUGCUGGUGUGGUAUCUACACAUUCAUGAAACAGUGCAAUCGAUUAAUAAGUAUAUUACAGCAAAAGCAAAACUGAUUAUAAUGCAGGGAUAUUUUCACUUUUUAUGGUUUUUCAUUAAUUUUUAGUAGCAUUUGAUCAGAGUAAGGCGCAAGGCACACCAACAGAGCUGAGGCGCAGCGCCUUUUUUGGUUACAACUGGUAAAUUAAGCUGCUAAUUCGCACUGGGCCAGCGUGGCCGAACUAUUUAUUCCUAUUUGUCCCCCUGAGGGGACAAAUCAGGGGGACAGAUAGGAAUAAUUCAUACUAUGGCCUAAACCUUUCUUAUUCUAGAGGAGACCCGUACUCGGCGAUGGCCUGCGAUGGGUUGAUCAUGAUGAUAUCGCGGACGAAGUCGCGGGCAACUACUAGUUACUUUUCAUAUUUUUGUUGUUUAUUCUACUAUUAUUCCAGGAAACCAGAGGCAAUCAAGAAAAUGAUAUAUUAAAAAUAAUAGAGAGAGUAAGAGCCUGCGCGUUCCAGACCUUCGUUAUUUUAUAAAAGCUGAAACUUUCUUUGCAUAUUGUCCUCAGCACAGAGGAAUGAUCAGCGAUUAUGAAAUUUAAAUCAUGGUGGCUUAAAGUUUAAAAAUUUAAGGGUGUCUGACAGGGUGUUGCCAUGAUACUAAGAUUCUGGCACUGCUUGCAAUGUGAUUUCUAAUACUAUUCCGACAAAAAUGUAAAAAAUAGACUUUUUUUUAAAAUUUGACAUAAGAUUUUUUUACAUCUUUAUCACCCGUAUUUCCCAAAGCCACCAUGAUCCAAACUUCAUAGUUCCUCUGUGGUAGUCGACUAUAUACCUUACAGCUUCUAUACAAUAACGAAGGUCUGGCACGCGCUUGCUCCUUAGUCCAUAAUAUGAGCAUUAAUAAAUCACUUUUAGCUAUCCUAUCACCUAUGUAUAGGUAAAUUAGGUAAGAAAAUAUAUUAUUAUACUGAUCUCGU